AUGGCGCCCUCCUAUGAGAAUCUGCCGCAAGACAGCGACGACGAGUUCGACGAGAGCCAAAUCGACUUCACCGACAUCGAGGAACAGUUCCAAGUGCGGCUCGAUGAGGGACUGGAUGCAUUUGUCGUCAUCGACGGCCUGCCCAUUGUGCCCGAAGACAGCAAAGGCAAGCUGGUAAAAUUCGUACUGAGGAAGCUGAACACAGUGGGCAAGGUCAAGGAGGAUGGCGUGCACAUGCCCGUUGGCGACAGCGGCAAGACGGAGGGGUAUGCCUUUGUAGAGUACAGCGCGCCCGCCGAGGCUGUCGCAGCCGUCAAGCAACUCCACGGGGCUGCUCUCGACAAGAAGCACACCAUGGCCGUCAACAAGCUGACCGACAUUGACCGCUACGGCAAGGAGGGCCGCAUCGAUGAGGAGUACCAUCCCCCCGAGAUCCCGCCGUUCGAGCAGAAGGAGCAUCUGCGCUGGUGGCUUGGCGAUCCGGAAAGCCGUGACCAGAUGGCCAUGUACCGUGGCGAAAAGGUUGGCGUCUUCUGGAACGACAAGGAGGACCCCCCGGAGCCUGUGGUCGACCGCGAGAACUGGACCGAGUCCUUUAUUCAAUGGUCGCCUCAAGGAACCUACCUCACAUCUAUGCACGCUCAAGGUGUGCAGCUGUGGGGUGGAAAGGCGUGGAGCAGGCAGAAGCGUUUCGCUCACCCCGGUGUCAACCUGGUCGACUACUCGCCCAACGAAAAGUACCUCACCACCUGGUCGCAUCGACCUCUGCAGGUCGACGAGAACAACCCUGUUCCUUCGCUGUCGCUCGAGGAGGAUGGCAAGAACUACAUCAUCUGGGAUAUCGCAACCGGAAAGCCGCUCCGUUCAUUUGCCACUAUUGAUGUGCCUGGUGGUGUCGAUGCGGAUGGCAUGCCCGUGAAGAAGAAGCUACAAUGGCCGACGUUCAAGUGGUCAGCCGACGACAAGUAUGUUGCGCGCCUGACCCAAGGCCAGUCCAUCUCCAUCUACGAGCUUCCCCGGAUGAAUCUCCUUGACAAGUCUUCGGUCAAGAUUGAGGGCAUCAUGGACUUUGAGUGGGCCCCUGCCACUCCCAAGCGGGCCGACGUCAAGACGUACGAGCAACUCCUUUGCUACUGGACACCCGAGCUGGGCAGCAACCCCGCAAAGGUCGGUCUCAUGUCGAUACCUUCCAAGGAAGUCGUGCGUACACGAAACCUUUUCAACGUGUCCGAUGCCAAGCUCCACUGGCAAUCAGAGGGUGCCUAUGUCUGUGUAAAGGUCGACCGUCAUUCCAAGUCCAAGAAGUCUCUCGCCACCAAUCUCGAGAUCUUCCGCGUUCGCGAAAAGGGUGUACCCGUCGAAGUCGUUGACUCGAUUAAGGAUACUGUCAUCAACUUCGCGUGGGAGCCCAAGGGCAACCGUUUCGUGCUUAUCACUACCGGAGAGGUCAUUCAAGGUGCGGCUGUUGGUCCCAAGACUGCCGUCUCCUUCUUCGCACCUGAGAAGCUGAAGGGUGGCGCGAUUGGCAACUUCCGUCAUAUCCGUACCGUGGACAAGAAGAACAGCAAUGCCAUUUACUGGUCGCCAAAGGGCCGUUUCGUGGUGGUUGCCGCACUGCAGUCACAGCAGUCGUUUGAACUCGAGUUCUGGGAUCUCAGCUUCGACAAGCCAAAGGAGGAGUCUGAGAAGGGCGACAAGGAGCUCAAUGCCAACUUGCAGCUCAUGGACACGCACGAGCACUAUGGUGUGACUGAUAUUGAGUGGGAUCCCACUGGUCGCUAUGUCGCCACCGUUGCCAGUGCCUUCCGUCACCGCAUGGAAAACGGAUACCAUCUGUACGACUUCAAGGGCACACUUCUCCGCGAGGAGGCCAUUGAAGGCUUCAAGCAGCUUCUCUGGCGCCCUCGCCCACCAACUCUGCUCUCGAAGGAGGAGCAGGCCGAGAUCCGGAAGAAUCUCCGCAACUACUCCAAGGUCUUUGAUGAGCAGGAUCUUGCCAAGAAGAGCUCAGCCAACAAGGCCGUUGUUGAGGCACGUCGCGAGAUGCUCCAGCAAUGGAACAGUUGGCGCGAGGAGGUCACACAGCGGCUGCGCGAGCAAGGCGCAGAGAUUGAGCUUGCCGCGCUCAAGGGAGAGACGCCUGGCCAGGCCGCAGAUGGUCACCAGGAAGAGAUUGAGGAGAUUGUCGAGGAGAUUAUUGAGGAGACGGAGGAGGUUGUCGGAUAG